AUGUUCAGAUUUCAGUGUCGUUGGCACCCCGUUUCGUCCGUACUAACUUCCAGUUCACCCCAACUCGCUCCCUUACCUUCCUCCCUCCAAAUGCAGCGGGACUCCAUGGAAACAAAUGCAGAUCCUGCAGCGAAUGCGAAUGCGAAUGCGGAGGAGCGCUUCUGCUGGAUCUGCCUCGCCUCGGAGGAAGAGAACCGCAGGGCCAGCUGGGUGCGGCCGUGCCGCUGCAGCGGCACCACCAAGUGGGUGCACCAGAGCUGCCUGCACCGCUGGAUCGACCAGAAGCAGCAGGGCAACCCCCGCCGCCCGGUGGCCUGCCAGCAGUGCCGCACGGAGUACCUGCUCGUCUACCCGCCGAUGAGCCCGCCGGCCGCGGCCCUCGAGUGGCUGGAGCUGGCCGCGCGGCGGAGCUGCCCCUUCCUGGCGGCGGGCGUGCUCGGCUGCUGCCUCUACUGGACGGCGGUCACCUACGGAGCCGUCACCGUGGUGCGGCUGGUGGGCCAGCGGCGCGCCCUCGAGCUCAUGGAGAGCGACCUGCUGCUGCUGGUGGGCCUGCCGCUCAUCCCGGUGGGCCUGGUCCUCGCGGGCCUCCUCCGCUGGGAGGACGCCGUCCUGCGGCUCCUGCGCGGCGGGCACGAGCUGCUCCGCAAGCUGCCCUUCCUCCGCCGGGCGGAGGAGCCUCCGAGCGGGCACGGCUCGAGCAGCUCCUCGGACAGCCUGCCGCCCAUCCAGAACCUGGCCGCCUCCAGCGGGCCGCUGCACAUCGAGCGGGUCCUCUGCGGAGCGGUGCUCCUGCCGCCGGCGGCCACCGCGGUGGGCGACCUGCUCUUCGGCUCCCUGGAGGACCCGCUGCGGCGCGCCCUGCUCGGCGCCGUCUGCUUCGUGGGGACGAAGGGCCUGCUCAAGGUCUACCUGCGGCAGAAGCUGUUCCUGCGCCGCAGGAGGCGCCGCAUCGCCGACUUCACCGAGGAGAACGUGCGGCUGCACAUGGGCGGUCGGGUGCGGGAGGCACCGCCGUUCCCGGGAGAACCCAAUCCGCCUAGGGAAUGAUCUGCAUGACUAGUGGCACCCCGUCGAAAUCCCCCUGUGGUCAAUAAAAUUCAAGUGCAAGUAUCGCAAGCAUAACGAA